AUGCGCCUGCCCAACGGGAAAACCCAAGCUCUGGACGCCAGUGCCAGAUCCGGAAGAAGACAGCGUGGAAUACUGUUCAAACGGCAGGAUCAAGUCCGGGUUGUGGUGCGGAAUUGGUGCGUGGCAGCUGUCACUUUGAUCGGAAUUAACCAGACGAACCAUUUUGUCGGCGAGCUGGGUGUUCCAGGCCACCGACAAGCUUCACGACACGAAGAGGGAUCCAGGAAAGACAGGGAACCUACGCGUUCACCUGUACCUAUGACCCUCAUCCUGCCAAUUGGUUUCUGGUUCGGCGACCUGACUCCGUGUGGUACCCGUUGUCCGUUAUCCGCCGCCAUCGUCGUUGCUUCCGGGUUGUGCCCGGACAGAAAAAGGUACAUCCAGCACCAUGCAUCUCCUGCGUCACGCCUUGCAGGAGAUGACUGCCAUUGCCUGCCUAUUACUCUGCGGCCAGUAAGGUCGGGCUGGUGGCGCGAGCUCGUGUGCAGCAAUUUGUUUUGGGCUGACAAGGAUCGCGAAUCAGAAACAGCACAAUGGCUCCGGGUGAAAGGUCGAUGCCGUUCGGGCCUCAUUAUUGGCCAUCAACGCUACUCCAAAGUGAAGAGGGAGGACAAGGCCCAAGGACUUCCGAUUCGGCUCCAGCUGGUCGGCAACCGCCCGGCACUCACCGAGGCAGCAGGAGCACAGAAGAAACCAAGGGGCGGCGGCGGCGGCGGCGGCGGUGGUAGUGGUGGUGGUGGUGGUGAUGGCGAUGGUGGCAUGCUUACCUGCAGCAGCAGCAGCAGCAACGGCAUCGAAGGCGGCGUCAACGAAACGGCAGUACAGAUGAUGGACUACCUCUAUGAUUUUUGGUAUGGGAUGAUCCUCCGGCGGCCUGGAAGCUCCACUUUGGCGGUGGACAGCGGUGGACAGCGGUGGACAGCUUUGGGUGUAUCUGGGGCACCAGAGAGGGCAGGCAGAGAGGCAGGAUUCCUGCGCGUCAAGAUGGGGGAUCCAUGUCGUCGAGUUAAGAGUAUCGCCAGCCAGGGGGGGGGCCGUCCGCUCGGCGUCCACUCGCGUCGAAGAAUGUCGUCAAACGGAGGCCCAGCUCUGCCGGACCACUGCGAGGUUAAUCCCUGUCAAAAACUUGUGUUUUUGUACGGACCGUGCACUGUAUACGCCAAACUCGAAGUCCGUCGACGUGGUGUCGCGAUCAGGUCGAUCGUCUUUGCAACAUGA